AUGCGAUUCAUACCUUCUCAACUGAACGACGUCGAAAAUGCCGAGGAGUACAUACCCGGCGGCUUCCAUCCAGUGGCCAUCGGUGACAUCUACGCGAACGGUCGUUACAAAAUUCUGCACAAACUUGGCUUCGGGGGCUCCUCCACCGUCUGGCUGGCCCGCGACUAUGGGCAGAAUACUCCGCACGGCAGACUAGUUGCUCUCAAAGUUAUGUGCGCCGACGUUUCAGCUAUAGCCGACGAGAAAAUGCCCGAGUUGGUGGUCCCUCGGGCGCUCCAUGCGAUCAUGGGCUCUUGCGAUUUCCAGAUUGUUGACCAUCAUUUCCUGGUGCAAGGCCCGAAUGGGUGUCAUCGUGUUUUGGCUUAUCCACUCGCUGGUCCCAGUAUUCGUGAUAUGGUAACGGGAUCAGGCCGAAUCGCCGGCAGUCGCCGUCUACGCGGGGAUUUAGCGAGAGCCGUUGCGAAGCAGGCAGCUAUGGCAAUCAGGCGCAUGCAUCUUGCAGGCAUUGUUCAUGGAGACCUCACGACAUCAAAUAUUUUAUUUCGUGUGGCCAGGUCUGUUGUUGACUGGACGGAUGACGAGGUGUACGCCCAUUUGGGUUUACCUCGCUCUGAAGUGGUCAGAACCUUCGAUGGUUCACCUCCCGGAUUGCACGCAGCCACCAAGCUCGUUGAGUCGGUAAAGCUUUCACGACUGGCCCAUCUAUCGCUUAUUCAAGAACGUAUUACAAUCAUCGACUUUGGCCAAUCCUACUUCAUUCGCGAUCCCCCAAAAGACUACGAACCCGCCACAGCAAUCCAUUACCAGUCGCCGGAGAUGCGCUUUGAUGACCGUGCAGGCGCCGAGGCCGAUGUUUGGUCGCUCGGAUGCGCUAUCUUCGAAAUCCGUUCGGGAUAUCCGCUCUUCGAGCCGCUGUUCGGAAGCACAGAUAUAAUGAGGCAAACUGUCGAGACUCUCGGACGGUUACCUGACCCCUGGUGGAACUCCUUUAAGCAGCGGGUUCGGUGGUUCGAGGACGACGGUGAACCAAAGGAUAUACUGGCUCAGAAGCAGUCCGGGGUCAGGAUAACUGCCCGCAAAACUUCGAUUUCAGAGAAGCUGCGUUCCAUAGGCGACGUUGAUGAACCGCCUUCUGCGUACGAGGGCCCGAUGAUAGAAAGGUGUGGGGUCAAGCUAUCGGAGGAGCAAGUCGAAUCGCUUUCUGAUUUGUUGGGGAGGAUGCUGAAGUAUCGACCAGAGGAACGCCCUACCAUGGAGGAAGUCAUCCACCAUAGGUGGUUCAAUCUCUGA